AUUUCACAGGGAAAUUAAUGGCUGAUGCCGUUGUCAGUGUUCUCCUGGAUAAUUUGCUGUCAAUACUCAUAACCGAAGGUCGUCAGCUACAUGAGUUUGAUGACCAAUUUGUGGAAACAGAGAAGGAGCUUCAGUACAUGCAGAGCUAUCUCAAGGUAGCUGAUCAGGUGAAGAGAAGAGAUAGGAAUGAGAUUCUCAAGACAGUAAUGAGCGAUUUAAGAGAGUUGGUAUACGACGCUGAAGAUGUAAUAGCAGAUUGUCAACUUCUAUUCCGGAAAAAACACGAAGGGUGUGCACCAAAUUUUACAAGUUAUUGCUUUCCUACUCAUUUGAAAUCCCGUCAUCUGUUGGGAAAGCGGCUGAGGAAUAUAAAUCAAGGGGUAAGGAAGGUGAAGGAGAAUAUGAAUACUUACUUGCAAACAGCUCCUCGCCAACCUGGCAAAGAUGAAGAUGGUGGGAAUAUGGGAAUGACCUACCCAAUCCUGAUGCAUGAAGCAGAAAUGGUGGGAUUAGAAGAUGACUCAACGAAGAUUAUAAAUUGGAUCUUAGAAGCGGAUGGACCCUCAAUGGUGAUUGGAAUAGCUGGAAUGGGGGGAAUCGGUAAAACCACACUCGCUCAAAAGAUAUGUCACAGUGAGAGUGUGAAAAACUCUUUUAAGCACUUGUUUUUUGUUACUGUUUCUCAGAGUUUCAAAUUGGAUGAAUUGCUGAAGAAAAUGCUGGGGAAACUAAAUGUAGAAGAAGGAUCUAUGAGGGGAAAGGAUGUCCGUGACCUGUUGGAAAGGCUUAAGGCUGAGUUAGAUGAUAAGUACUUGAUAGUUUUGGAUGAUGUUUGGGAAACAGAUAAAAGCGGAUGGUGGGAAAGCUUGGAGUCCGCUUUGCCCAAAGUGAGUGGUAGCUAUGUCAUUGUUACAACAAGGAAUGAGGAAGUUGCUAAAUCUAUGGGGACUACCAACCAUCGAAUACAUCAUCCGCAAAUUCUUUCGGGUGAAGAUAGUUGGUCCUUAUUCAGCAAAGUAGCUUUCUCAAGAAAUGGAGGUAAGUGCACAAAGCCAGACUUGGUGGAAGUUGGCAUGGAGAUUGUUGCCAAGUGCAAGGGGCUUCCUUUGGCAAUCAAGGUUGUGGGUGGAAUGAUGGCAAGGAAAGGUGAUUCCAUCCAUGAAUGGAGACGAAUAUCAGAGCACCUGAAGGAGGAGUUGAAAAUCAGUGGGAAAGAUGAGCCAGUCAUUUCAUGUCUAGAGUUAAGCUAUGAAGAGCUCCCAACACACUUAAAACCUUGCUUUUUGUGCUUUGCCAUGUUUCCUGAAGAUUUUGAAAUUGAUGUUGAGAACAUGGUUAACUGGUGGAUUGGUGAGGGUUUUGUUUGGGGAAGAAAUGGGAAAACGGCAUUUGAGAUAGGAGAAGAAUGUCUUUCAGAAUUAUUUAAUCGAUUUUUGAUACUUGGAGUGGGUAAAGAUGAUUUUGAGAGAAGCUAUGUUUGGUGCAAAAUGCAUGAUAUGGUUCGAGAUAUGGUAAUAAGAAUUGCAAGAGAAGAGAGCUUUUUUGUGAGGUUGGACGGUGGAGGUAGUCCCGCAUUCAUUGAGCAGUCUCGUCGUUUGGUAAUUGUGGGGAAUACAGCUGUAGAGAGCAUCAGAAACAGUCCCACCAAGCUGCGGACGUUGGUUGGGGUGGACAUUCAGAGCAUAGAGAUGAUUGCAAGUCUAAAAGCAAAACUAUGCGAAGUAAGGUGGUUGAGGGUGUUAUCUCUUUCACUGUCAUACUGGAAUCUCGAUCUAGCUGUGGUGUGCAGCGAUUGGUUGAGUGGGAUAGGGUCAUUACAUCACCUCGUUUAUCUUAACAUACAGAGGAGUUCUGCCUUAAUAUCACUGCCCGAUUCAAUCGGAAAUCUUCGCAAUCUUCGGAUUCUAAGGUUAUGGGACUGCCCCAAUUUGAAAAGGCUUCCUGUGUCAAUCACAACAUUAGAGAAGCUAACAGCUAUCCAAACUGACCAGUUAUUAGAAUGCAUGCCAGAAGGGCUUGGAAAGCUUUCAAAUCUCGAACGGUUAGGAUACUUUAGUCCUGUGAAUAAAAAUGGAUCCGGUAUUUCGGAGUUGAAGAGCUUGACAAAACUCAGAGAACUUUGGAUGGAGAUAAAGUCAGUGGAAGAAAUAGAAGAAGGGGAAUGGAAUGUGUUAUCAAUGCUCCAGCAUCUGCAAAUUCUAAGUUUAGAUUUUGGGGGAAUUUCUGUUGAAAGAGAUGGAGUUGUAAGGAAGAUUGAAGGUGAGCUUUCUCCUCCUCUUAAAUCCCUGAGAGAGUUGUAUCUUAGGAACUGGCCAGGAGAAAGGACACCUGCGUGGCUCAGUCCUACUUCCCUUCCCAAUCUUCAGUCUCUUUACAUUCAGGAGGGAGGGAUGAGGGAGAUGGUUCCCAGAUUUUGGGACAGCGAGAGUGGGGUAUGGAAAGUGGAGGUCUUGGUGCUACAUUUUUUGCACGAAUUGGAAGAGGAGUGGCAGAGGAUGCGAAGGGCAAUGCCGUCUUUAAGACUCCUCAACGUUUACGACUGUCCGAAGCUCAAGUCAUUCCCAUUCGAUGUUACAGAUCGUGUGAAUGAGAAGAAAUGGAGGAAAGAAGAAGAAGAUUCAGUUUCAGGUGCUGCCAAAGAGGAAGAAGAAGAGGAAAAAGAAGAAGGAACAUCACUAGGGGAGAUUACUGCCGCAUGACUCGAGGAAAGGCGAUUUCUAUCAUAUAGAGGCAACCCCAAAGUCCCGGCCCUUAUCACCCAAGUCUUGUCUUCCAACAGUCUUCAGUUCAUCAUGUGCUUUCUU